GGCUCAGGUCGGGAGCCCCCCGCCCGGCUGUCCCUGCGGUGGCCUCGCUCAGCAUCUCCCCGCCGAGGAGGCUGCCCGAGGCGCAGGUUACAUUUUUUCAUGCUUGCUGUGAGGGAUGUUGUUUUAGGAUCAUCGCACAGGAUGAAAGCAACAGACAGAGGCAAACCUUGGUUGCUCAGAUUUCUCUUCAGUGUAUGCCUGGCUGUUCUUCCCACCAGUAGUGCCUGCCCUAGGCUCUGUGCCUGCUAUGUCCCCACUGAGGUGCACUGUACUUUCCGGUACCUCACAGCCAUUCCACCACGCAUACCCCAAAAUGUGGAACGCAUCAAUUUAGGUUACAACAGCUUGGUUAAACUCACUGAAACAGACUUUUCUGGCUUGGAGAAACUGGAGUUGUUGAUGUUACACAGCAAUGAGAUCCAUACAAUUCCUGAUAAAACAUUCAUCGAUUUACAUUCAUUACAGGUUUUAAAAAUGAGCUAUAACCAAGUCAGAAUACUUCAGAAGGACACAUUUCAUGGUCUCAAGAGCUUGGUACGAUUGCACAUGGAUCACAACAGAAUUGAAUUUAUAAACCCAAAAGUUUUCUAUGGACUUACAUCUCUGAGGCUGGUUCAUUUGGAAGGAAAUUUACUUAGACAGAUUCAUCCAGACACUUUUGUCACCUUGUGCUACCUCCAGAUAUUUAAAAUAUCCUCCAUAAAGCAUAUAUACUUGUCUGACAACUUCUUAACUUCAUUGCCACAAGAUAUGUUUUCCUAUUUGCUUGAGUUAGAGAGUAUAUACCUUCAUGGAAACCCCUGGUCCUGUGAUUGUGAUCUACAAUGGUUUGCUGACUGGGUACAAAAGCAACAAGAUGUUGUGAAGUGCAAGAAAGACAGGGCUUCUUCCAGUGCCCAGCAGUGCCCAGUUUGUGCUAAUCCCAGGAACUCCAAGGGCAAAAAUUUAGUUGAGAUUCCACCUGCUGCAUUAACUUGUACCAAGCCAACCAUAGAUCCUUCCCUGAAAUUUAAAAACAUUACUUUGCCAGAUGAAGGGGACUUCACUUCUGUAUCUCCUAAAGAUUUCAUAGCUCCCAUAGGAUCUAUGAUCUUGAACAUGACUGACCAAACAGGAAAUCAAGCUAACUUGGUUUGCAAUGUUCAGAGACCUACAAAAAUGUUCCCAGUCUCAUUUGUCAAUGAUGGUGACAAUACAAUACUCAAAAUAUCAUUCUCAACAUUUCUCACAUGUGGCAUUGACUACGAACAUAUUCAACAACUCUGGAGAAUAGUAGCCCUUUAUAGUAAUUCUCCUCUACAACUUGAAAGGAAACUCCUGCUGACCAAGGUGCCUUAUAUUAGUUACAAAUACGAACAGGUUUACUCUGAGAACGAAGAAGUUUUUACUAAUGUAGAAACUGAACUGAGAACUGAACCUGCUUGGUUGAUGCAAGGACAAGUAGCUUUACAGUUAGACAGGACAGCCACUACACUCAGCACUCUGCAUAUCCGAUACCUAACUGAUGCUCAAAUCAUUUUGCCCAGUCCUGAUGAAAAAGAAGACAGGCAUAAUUGGGCCAUAAUUUCAAGAGACAAUAGGACAAGAUUGGAACAUACUGUUUUAAUUGGUGGGACUGUGGAGCUAGACUGUCAAGCAUUUGGAGAGCCUAUUCCUGUGAUUGAGUGGAUAUUAGCUGAUGGGAGCAAAGUUAGAGCCCCAUAUAUUGGUGAAGAUGGAAGAAUAGUAAUAGCCAAAACUGGAAAAUUCACACUACGCACAGCUGACACUUUUGACACUGGGCUUUAUCACUGCAUAGGUACAAAUUAUAAUGAUGCCGAUGUACUAACAUUUAGAAUUACCGUGGUUGAUCCUUACACAGAACUCAACAACAUAAAUGGGGCUCAGCUAUCUGCAUUUAUUGGUGACACACUCUACCUCCCCUGUCAGUCUAGUGGUGUCCCAGAUGCAUCUAUUAUUUGGAUCCUACCUGACCACGUGGCUCUUCAUCAGUCUGCAAGAAACAAGCAUGUUUUUCACAAUGGGACGUUAAAAAUACAAAGGGUGACAGAAAAAGAUAGUGGCCAUUUUAGAUGUGUAGCAGCCAAUAAGUAUGGUGUUGAUUUUUUGAUUUUCAACAUACUCAUUAGAAGGAAUGAGAACAAAUCACAGAAACAAAAUGCAGCUCCAGAAGUGGAGGGAGAUGAAGAUGGAUCUGGUCAUAAGGUGCUUGAUGCUGUUACAACAGAUAAGAACGUUUUAGCUCCAGUGCGAACUUUAGUAACAAACCAAGUAGGUACAAGCUCUGCACCUGGAAAUCAACCCAUACAGAAUGCAAACAGGAAUAAUUAUAGAGAAAUUACUUACAGGCGCAAUGGGGACAAAAAAAGACGGCUUCAGGGCCAUAGGAGACAAUUUACUCCCUCCACUAGGAAAAUUGAUCCAAAACACUGGGCAGCAUUUUUAGAAAGAACAAAGAACUACUCCACACUGACAAGAAAACAAGAAGAUGCCACAACUAAAGCACCAAUAUCAGUUUAUCCAUCCUCAAAAGCACCUAUGUAUGGGGAAGAAACAUCCAGGGGUGCUGUACCUCCUGAAGAGGAAUUUAUUACACUAGCAACUAAAACACCUAGUAUACCAAUUUUCAUUAAAGCAUCAGUAGAUGUUGUAACUUCAGAACCUGAAACAACUUCAGGUAGCACAAACUCCAAAACAACUUCUGUUACAGUUACAGGGGCAGUAAGUCCAAUAAUCAGUCCGUGGAUUACACAGACUGCUACACCUGAGAGCAAAAAAAUGCAUACAAAUCCAAAAUAUGGGGUCACAAAACUGAAAUCACUGGAGACUUCUCAACUUAAUCAAACACCAUCAACUAAUAUGCAUUCAUUAACUACAUCCAAUCUAGUGAGUGGCACAACUCAAGGCUUUGACAAUGAACACAGAUUCAUCACUUCUGGGGAAAGCAAUCCCUAUUUAAAAAUCAGAUCUACAACAUCACUGGCAGAUCUUACUGAAGUUCCCAACCUUGUAACUUCCCACAGCACAGCUGAAAAGCUCAGUAUAUUCACUGAGUCAGUCAAUAAGACUUCAACUAAAUCAGAUCAUCAGAUAUCUGUAGUGACAGUCAGUGAAUCAAACAAUGAAUUUGGUCACAUUUACUUUCAUAGUACUCAAAAACUAAUAGCUCCUAAACUACCACUGGGCUCAACUAUUAUUACUCAUCAACAGAUUCAGAUAAUAAGAGAUGUUACAACACACACACCACAGUUGAGACGACGUUAUGGAAGACGGAGGAAAAUUUCUGCUAGGAGACGAAUUGUCAGACCAGAUCAAAUUCCAAGCUUCAGAGGGCACAGAUAUAAUUUUGUGAAAUCAGAAUCAAUGAGAGAAAGUACGACUAUGACUCCAGAUAUACAGCUGGAUGCAAGCUGCCAAUCAUGUUCACCUAUCUUAACUUCUUCCAGCAGUCCUUCUUUUACCCAUCAUACAAACAUGCCCACUCCUUCAAGAACAGAUAUACCAGUGCUUGUGUCAGAACAACUAACAACAAAAAGUGAGAACAUAGUAGUCCUUAUUAAAGGGAAAAAGAGACCUAUUGAAGAAAGAGAAAACACAACUCCUACAAUAAUGCCUUUCGAUAUAGAAAGCAUGCAGGAUCCUUCACUGAAGGAAUUAGAGGCUAGUGCACCAUUGCAAACAUACACCAAUAGAAUGCCAUCUUUCAGUACCCGUCAUUCAGCAACUGCAAUCCCUCCCCUUAGGAUAGCUGUGGAAACUUCUCCUACUACAGGCUACAAGAUAUCUUCCACUGCUGCAUCAAUCCCACACAAAAAUAGAACAUCUUCCCAAAUUUUAAAAGGAAAAAUUACUUGGCAACACCUCUUUGGAAACACACACAUUGAAAAAGAGCUACUGAAGAAACCAUCACAAAUACAAACAAGUACAGUGCCAUCAGUGACAGUAACAACCAUGUUUCCCCAAACCACAGAAGCUUUAUCCAUCUACAGAGUUUCUCCUUUACCUGUAACAACUAUUUUAGCAAACAGAAAUCAAGCUGAUGAUUUCCUAUCUUUAACUAAAUAUAGGAAUGAUGGCAGGAGUGCAUCAGAUAAAUAUAUUCCCACUACAUCCCUUACUAGUGCAGAACUAGCAUCUUAUUCCAGUCUUACACCUGAUGUAAAUGAAGGGACUGCAACAAUGCCAAUGCCAGUGUUUAAAUCUACAACUGCUGCCCCAACUGAAAUUAAAAUGACUAGAACCAAAACCAGACUAGGAAGGAGGAGAGGACAUAGAAGGAAAAAACCUCAAAAGAAGAUUUUGAUAUCACAAAUCCAAAACAUUUUUACAGGUCACAGCACAAGCUUAGCAAUGAAUACUUCACUGCCUUUCCUGACAACAGCUAAAUCUUUAAUUAAAUCCACCAUACCUGCACCCACAACAUCUCUUUCUAAGAAUACAAGUGUAGUGUCAGUUACAAUGCCUCAACCACAGAUUCUUAGCACAAUUGACAUAACUAAUGUUUCAUCCAUAACUACCACACAGGCACCAGUGAGAGAUACCAUACAUGAGAACACUAAAGCUGUUGAAGUAGCAUCUGAAACGUUCAUUACUCAAAUGCCUACCACUACAAUCCCAGCCAUGUCACAGUUUAAGCCUUUCAACACCCCCACUAUAUUACCUACUUCAUCCAUUGUAACAUCUGAAUUGAUAUAUUUUGAACAACUUAAAAAACAACAACAUAUGGGAGAGAAGGUCAUUCAGCAGAAACAUGUGGCAGAGGCAAUAUUUUCCAAUAAAGCUGGAUUAAGUACGAAAACUCCUGUUGCAACUAUCCAUGCCAUCUACCCGAGCAUACAGCAUCCUACCCCACUAGAAUCCUUAAUAACAGUAACAUCACCUGCUCCCUGGCAGAAAAAUAAGUUUUGGCAUAAACUCUCUCCAGAUGUUCCAGAAAGGGGCAAAACAUUAAUGGUUAAUACUCUGAGUGUAUUAAAAUCUCCACAGAGCUCUACUCAAUAUGCUACACCAUGGGAAAAGGAGAAAGACAAUUCUGUGAAAAGCUGGUCUGACAAGAGAGCAGAUCAAGAAGCUACUACUGCCAAUCCUGUAGCCUUGGACUUCUUUUAUAUGAAUAGAGUGGAAAAGCCCAGAAUUAUUGGAGGAAAAUUGGCUGCUUUUACGGUACCAGCUAACUCAGAUGCCUUUAUCCCUUGUGAAGCUACUGGUAAUCCUCCUCCAACAAUACACUGGACUAAAGUAUCAUCAGGAACUGAUGUGUCAAAAAGCAAACGUGACAACAGAUUUGAAGUAUUUGCCAAUGGUACCCUCUCCAUCCAGAACGUGAACAUUCAGGACCGCGGACAGUACCUGUGUGUUGCUGCCAAUCAGCAUGGCUCAGACCGGCUCCUGGUCACUUUGUCUGUGGUGGCAUAUCCACCCAGGAUCCUAGAAGGCAGGUCAAAAGUAAUCACUGUCCAUUCUGGAAAGCUUGUGGCAAUGAAGUGCAGAGCUGAAGGCAGACCUGUCCCUACCAUUUCAUGGAUUCUGGCAAACAAAACAUAUGUCUCAGAAUCUUCUGUAGAAAGUAGGCAAGUUUUCAUACAACCAGAUGGCACACUAAUAAUCAAAGAAGUCUCUGUAUAUGACAGAGGGCUUUACACAUGUAUGGCUAAUAACCCAGCUGGUACUGAUACACUGGCAGUAAAACUACAAGUGAUUGCAGCACCUCCCAUCAUCUUGGAAGAAAAGAGACAACAUAUUGCAGGAAUAAUGGGUGAAAGCUUGAAACUCCCCUGCACUGCAAAAGGAAAUCCUAUCCCAAGCCUUCACUGGGUGAUCUUUGAUGGAACAGUAGUGAAGCCUUUGCAAUUUAUAAAUGCCAAACUUUUCCUUUUUUCCAAUGGAACCCUCCAUAUAAGGAACUUGGUUCCUUCUGACAGUGGGAAUUACGAAUGCAUAGCUACGAGCUCUACCGGCUCAGAGAGAAGGGUGGUAAAUCUCAUGGUGGAACAGAGAGAUACACUUCCCAGAAUAGAAACAGCAUCUCAACAAAUAACUCAGUUGAAUUUUGGGGAUAGAUUGCUUCUGAAUUGUUCAGCUACUGGGGAACCGAAGCCCAGGAUAAUCUGGAGGCUGCCAUCCAAGGCAGUUGUUGACCAGGUACACAGAAUGGGAAGUCGAAUCCAUGUUUAUCCCAAUGGGUCCUUGUUUACUGAGGCAGUUACUGAAAAGGAUGCAGGUGAUUAUGUGUGUGUGGCAAGGAACAAAAUUGGAGAUGACCUGAUACUGAUGAAAGUAAUUGUGACAAUGAAACCUGCCAAGAUUGACCAAAAACAAUACUUUAAAAAGCAGGUGCCAUAUGGUAAAGAUUUCAAAGUGGACUGCAAAGCCUCUGGGUCACCUGAGCCAGAAAUAUCCUGGAGUUUACCCGAUGGCACAAUGAUCAAUAACGCGAUGCAAGCUGACGACAGUGGACGUAGGUCUCGGAGAUACGUUCUUUUUGACAAUGGAACUCUCUAUUUCAGUAAGGUUGGAAUAGCUGAAGAGGGAGACUAUACUUGCUAUGCCCAAAAUACUCUGGGAAAAGAUGAAAUGAAGAUACACAUUACAGUGGUAACAGCUGCACCUCGUAUAACACAGAAUCACAAGACCUACAUUAAAAUAAGAGCUGGAGAUACUGCAGUAUUUAAUUGCGAUGUUGUUGGAGAACCCAAGCCAAAAAUCUUUUGGCUGCUACCUUCCAGCGAUAUGAUCUCAACUUCAACCGAUAGAUAUUUGCUGCAGGCUAAUGGAUCGUUGUCAGUCAGUAAAGUCAAACUGCUGGAUGCUGGCGAGUACAUAUGCGUGGCUCGUAAUCCUGGUGGAGAUGAUACAAAACUUUAUAAACUGGAUGUUAUUUCCAGGCCACCUUUAAUAAACGGUUUGUAUACAAACAAAACAGUUAUUAGAGCAACAGCAGUGAAGCACUCAAAGAAGCAAAUACACUGCUGGGCAGAAGGGACUCCUUCCCCUCAUAUUAUGUGGAUUAUGCCUGACAAUAUUUUCCUAACAGCUCCAUACUAUGGGAGCAGAAUAACAGUACACAAAAAUGGGACACUUGAGAUCCGGAAUGUAAGACCUUCAGACACAGCAGAUUUUAUCUGCGUGGCACGAAACGAUGGUGGAGAAAGCGUAUUGGUUGUGCAGCUAGAGGUAUUAGAAAUGCUAAGGAGGCCAAUGUUCAGAAAUCCAUUCAAUGAAAAAAUAAUAGCAAAACCUGGGAAAAUUACUGUAUUAAAUUGUUCAGUUGAUGGAAACCCUCCCCCUGAAAUCAUCUGGAUGUUGCCCAAUGGCACACGGUUUUCUGACGGGGCCAGAAUUUCUCGGUUUUAUACAGGAAGUAAUGGUACCCUCAUCAUUUAUAAUCCUUCCAAGGAUGAUGCAGGAAAAUAUCGCUGUGCAGCCAGAAAUAAAGUUGGCUAUAUUGAAAAGCUGAUCAUCUUGGAGGUUGGCCAGAAGCCCACUAUUCUUUUUUAUUCAAGAGGACCAGUAAAAAGUAUUAGUGGGGAAUCAUUAUCUCUUCAUUGUCUUUCUGAUGGAAACCCCAAGCCAAACACCAUAUGGACAGUACCAAGUGGCUAUGUCAUAGAUCGGCCUCAAAUUAACGGAAAAUACAUAUUGCUUGAAAAUGGUACUUUAGUUAUCAGAGAAACAACCAUUCAUGAUAGAGGAAACUAUGUGUGCAAGACUCAGAACAAUGCUGGUGACUCAUCUGCAACAAUCCCUGUGAUAAUCGUAGCCUUUCCCCCACGGAUUACAAACAGACCACCACAAAGCAUAAGAACAAUGGUUGGUGCAGCAGUUCAGCUCAACUGUAUGGCACUAGGGAUACCAAAACCAGAAAUUACAUGGGAGCUACCUGACCAUUCAGUGCUUUCCACAGCUAGUAGAGGCCAACCAUCCGGAAGUGAACUGCUUCACCCACAAGGGACAUUAGUCAUCCAACAUCCAAAGCCAUCAGAUUCUGGCAUGUACAAGUGCACAGCUAAGAAUCAGGUUGGCAGCGAUUUCACAAUAACAUAUAUUCAAGUAAUCUGAAAUGAGAAAAAUACUCUGAACAAUUGUUAAAGGUUACAUCUGGACUGAGUUUAUUUUUGGAAAAAGUUUAAUCAAAGGCAGCCAUAAGCUUGUAAGUGAACCUGAACACAUUCACAGUAUUCAGUUUACAACAAACAUGCAAAAAAGAAAGACUUGGAGUGGAGGAGGGAAGGGAAGUCUUGCAUUAUAAAACAGCAUUGAUUUCUUCAAUGACUAAUGGACUUAAACAAAAUCUAACUUAAGGCACUUUUAUUUUGCCAAGAAGCAGUAUCAAACUGCUUUCCAGAAAAUGUAACUGAAAGUCUUCAGUUAAGGAAGGAGAUUUUUUUAUAUUGGUUUUUUACUGCCCAUUUUGUAUCAUUGUUAUAAGCAUGGCAAACAUUCAAAAGUAUUUAAAAAUAGAAGAACAGAUUUUAUUGUGAUUUAAAAUUACCUUAUUGACAUGUAUGAAUAUUUUGUAAUUCUUUUAUAAAUAUUUCAUAGAAAACAAGUAUUGAGCUAUUUUUAAUAAUAUGACUUAUUCUUUUACACUUGAAUUUUUCUUCUUUGUU